GCGCUGUGGGCGUUGGCGGCGGUUCGGUGCGGCGGUGGGUGGGGGGCUUCGAGUUUGAAGAGCCGGCCCCCGUUGUGCCGCUGGGGCGGCCGUGGGUGUGUCUCGUCGGAGGGUUCCCGUGGCCCUGCUCACCGAACGGCACCGGGGGAUGGAGUCUCCAAAUGGCCAUCUCGUGCAGCCGCCCCCUUGCUGUGGCCUGCGGUGUGCUCCUCCGGGCCAUGGGCAGCUGCAGCUGAGGGCUGGAGAUCUCUGCCAUAUCCUAGAUAAUUAACGAUAGUUAUCGCUCAAACGAUGAUGAAGGCAAUAAUGAGCCCCGAGCUAAACUUCGCUUUAAGCUUCCUCGUGCGGCGAGUCUCACUUAGCAGGUGAAAAUCCCCGAGCAGAGCUCACCUGAACCUUUACCAGCACAUAGAGCAAUGGGGUUUGGGGCAGGUGCCAUUUAGGACAAGCUUUGCUGCCAGAGCAAACCACCAUUGAUUCUAGCAGGAAUAGUGCUGGGCACUGGCCCAGGGGCAGGGAGGUUUACAGCCAGCUAAUCCGGGCAGCCAGAAGCUUAUUUUUAGUUCAGAAUUAGCAGAGGUUCAGCGUGAGCGACGUCAGGAGUGGAGAACUGUUCACAGUGCCUCUUCCAGGGAACUGCUUCCAAUGAUAUGGGGAAAAAACAAGUGCGCCCUCCACGUGCCCUCCCCCCAGUGCCAAGUGGAAACCAGGAUGACAUUCCACUCAGUCGUCCCAAAAAAAGAAAGCCCAAAGGAAAGACUCCAUUAGAUGACAUUGUCCAAGCAACUGUUCGUCGGCAGUCUGAAAGCAGCGAGCCCCUGACUCCUGAGCCUCAGGAUGUCCCUCAGCGGAAACGCAAGAAGAAGAAAGUACCUUCUGAUUCUGAGACCUCCUUCACCCAGCAGAACAGUGCAUCCUUAUUUCAGAAUGGAAAUGGCGUGGAUGUUCCUGAAGCUGAAGAAACAGUGGUCCGCAAACAGAGAAAAAAAACCAAGAAGGCUCGGCCAGCAGAAACACACAGUUCCAAUGAGCUGGAGGUAGAGGAGGAUGACAUUAUUGAAGAUGAACACAGAAGGAGCCCAGAUCAGCAGCCCGUGUUUGCUGCUCCCACUGGAAUUAGCCAGCCCGUCAGCAAGGUGUUUGUUGAAAAAAAUCGGCGUUUUCAAGCAGCUGACCGUGCAGAAUUGAUUAAAACCACUGAAAAUAUCAACGUGCUUUUGGAUGUGAAGUCUUCUUGGACCACCAGAGAUGUUGCCCUCUCAGUACAUCGAAGUUUCAGGGUGAUUGGACUGUUUGCCCAUGGCUUUCUUGCUGGCUAUGCUGUAUGGAACAUCGUUGUCAUCUACAUUUUGGCAGGAAAUCAGCUUACCACGGUUUCUAACCUGCUCCAGCAGUAUAAGAUGUUGGCCUACCCGGCUCAAAGUUUGUUCUAUUUGUUGCUGUCUAUCAGUACAGUCUCAGCCUUUGAUAGGAUUGAUUUGGCAAAAGCAUCAGUUGCACUGAGGGGUUUUCUUACCCUAGACCCAGCAGCACUGGCUUCAUUCUUGUACUUCACUGCUCUUAUCUUAUCCUUAAGUCAGCAGAUGACAUGUGACAGAAUUAACCUCUACACACCGCCUUCAGAAAAUGGCAGCAUCUGGACUGCAGGUAUGGAGGAAGAAAUUAUUCAGCCAUGGAUUGUGGUGAAUCUGGUAGUAUCUAUUCUGGUUGGGGCAAGUUGGAUCUUCUUGUCUUACCGACCAGAGCUGGACCACAGUGAAGAACUGAUGUUUCAUACUGAAAUUGAGGAAUUUCCCCAGGGAGUUAUCAUACCCAGGGUCCAGCCAUAGUGCGGAACAUGCACCUCGUAGCUGUAACUGAUGGCUCAACACUUUCUGUAUUUUAACCAUGUAUUAUAACUUUCAUAAAGGAAAAAAAAAAAAAAAGUAUUUUUAUAUUGUAUAUAUUUCAUGGGUCUUUUAUGUAUGCCAAUUUUUAAAUAUUCAAAUGUCUGAAAUCUUUUAUAUAUCUCCUUUUUGUUUUGUAAAGGAGAUUAUCUUUAGUACAUAAAGUCAAUGUUCACUUUUGUAAACAUUGCUACCUACACAGCCAGAGGAAAUGGGUGAGUGCUGAAGAUCUGCUAUUCAGUGCUUUUUUGACAGCAGUGCGAUAUUGUCAUCAUCAAUCUAUGUUUUGUUACUGAUACUGAUAGCAGUUGAGGUAUAUCCUUUUUCUAAGAUAUUCCAUAGAGAUGAAAACAAAUCAUAGGAAGAAAGCAGUUUAAGUAAGUAAAUGCAGACGUCUUGCAGUCUCCUUAGCAGACAUAGGCAAGAGCUAGUCUGAAAUCCAUUUCUCAUGCAGGUAUCACACAGGACUAGUUUUACGUUUUAUUUAGUAUGUACUGAGUUUUGCAUUAUUUUAUUUAAUAUAUCUGAAGGUGGUUUUAACAGGAGUGCAGUGUCAAAGAUCCCUGGAGGUUAAUGUGUUAUAAAAGUGAUGGAGAGUUUAGCCAGAUGGAAGAGUGAAAGGGAGAUGUUAAAGAGGUAGUAAGUUUCUGUACUGCUGCCUAAGUUGGUUUAAAACAAGAAUGGGAACAUGAAUAACUAGGGCAGCUUCUGCCUUGUCAAGGGUUCUAGUGUGCUUAUUUAACAAAUUUCAGUAAUUCUAGAAAGUAAGUAAUUACAUAAUUCUAGAGAGGGGGAAAAGAAGUUAUUCUGGACUUGAAAGAUUUUCCAUAGCUGCUGGUUCUACUUUAGGGCAUCCACUUGGUUGUGGGAAGGAACUCUUUAACUUUUUAGUCGGUUGUUAUGAUGUGUAUGUGUUCUUGUAAAACUGUGGAGCUCAAUUACAGCUGGUGCUGCAUUGUACAUUAUAACAAAGAGAUUCAGGAUGCUACUCUCCAUCAGUGUUACAUCAGAGGUCCUUGUGAUUUGCUGUAGGAGAUGGGAGCUCAGGCCACGACGUAGUGUUCCCACAUAGGUUUCCACACAGGAAUUUCCUUGCAAAGCAGGAAAUGCACAUCACAGUUUCUUUGAGUGUCGUGUGUUUGGUUUACAGAAUUGCUGAGCUCCUGAAUAUGAGAUUAUUAAUGGAUUGUAUUUGCCAUUUCAUGCUUCUGUCAUCUUGGCAUGUGAUAAAAAGUAUAACUUCUCUCAUAAGGUACAGAGGUUAAACACAACCGUGCAAAGGCAUUCAGUCAAUAUAAACAUGAAGGACAUCACUGCUUGAUUUCAUUUCUGAAAUUAUUCCUAGGAACUGGCCUUCUAAGUAUCCCACAAAUGAAGCAGUGCCAGCCAGGAACCAGAUUUGCUCUCAUUGUGAAAAUAGUUGGCUUACAUGGUUGAGCAGUGAUGAAGUUUUUGGACUUAAUGGAAUCAGUAGUUCAAGCCAUACUUGCCUUCCUAGUUUGUACCUUUUUUUUGAGCACCAGAAUAUAUAAACCUAAAUGAAUGAAAGAGGUUUGAGGAUUGCCAUUCAAAAUCACAGAUAAACAAUUUCAUGGCUUAUUACCUCUUUUACAAGGUAGUUUUCAUUCCAUUAAGCAUCACAAUGGAAUUUAACUGCUUUUUGUAUGUGUGUGUGUGUGUAAUUUUAGAACAUCUUAAAGUUUACAGAAUAGAUGUUUAAUUGCAGAACAUGUGGCAUAUGUAGAAGCCUUAAUUGAAAUGUCUUUGUGCAUUUACAAUGGUUUUUGAUACAGUAUUUUGUGUCCAAGAAAAAUUUGCAGAGAAGUUAGUGCCAAUUUUUAAGUAUCUGAAACAGGUGAGGAAGUGGUCUGAAUGAAUAUUAGCUUGUACUACUUUGAACUGUUUCCGAUUGUUUAGUUUGUUUAAAAUAAAACAGUCUAACUUGUU